AUGUCCUCGGAGGAGUUUAACCAAACCCCUGUCUCGGUGACUGCAUCAGUACGCGAAGUCAACACUUCCAAAGACUCUCCCAAUGAAAAUAUAACCAUCAACAGUCACCAGACGGAAAGAACAAUAUGGCCGAGGUUCCUAUCACGACUGCGAGAGGCGUUCAGUCUCGACGAGGAAAGCCAACCCGAGGCCCAAGAAAUUGUGGCUAUGCAGGCGAGAAUCACUGGGCCCCGGACAUUGCAACCCUGGGAUCUUCGCCGUCUGCAACGGGCGAUCGAGGUCUUCCCUCCUCGACCAGUGGCCGAUUUCCUGCUUUACGUCUGCAUACACCGUGGAACCGACAUAUUCUUCUUCUUCGACCAAGGGCAACUUCUGUCACAAAUCGAUGAAUUCUACAAAGACACCCAAUCCCCCCUUCGCACAGAUGCUGGCUUCAUUAGCCUGGCCCUCGCCGUCUUCGCCCUAGGAAGCCAGUUCACAUCGCUCGAGAAACCCGAAGGCUCACACAAUAGGUCUCCAAGUGAAGAUGGAGAUCCGUGUACUAUUUUCCACCGCCAAAUACGCACCUUGAUUCCCGAUCUUAUAGAAAUGCCCUCACUGUACUCGAUCCAGGCUCUGUACCUUGUGGGUGUAUACUUAAUGCCGCUUAGCGCCCUGAACUCCUCCUAUGUCUACUUGGGGCUUGCGUUGAGGAAGGCUUUGGAAUUCGAUCUUCACCAGUGUACGGAUGAUCCAUCCUUGACCGAGCGAGAGAAUGAAACUCGGCAUAGAACUUGGUGGUCCAUUUAUGCACUUGAAAGGAUUACUGCCGUCAAGCUCAACCGCCCCCGUGCGAUUGAGCCAAGCAUAAUCACAGUUCCUUUACCGAAACCAUCCCCACCGAUAGACAAGGAACAAAAGUUCGACAACGUGAUCCAGCAGGCUGCCAACGCCAGACUUGCGAUGAUCCUUGAUCGCUACUCCCCGCGCGAGCCAAGAGUCAAUGCCAAAUUGCUGAUGAUGUAUAGCAACUGCACUACUCAGCGUGCAAGGAUGACAUUAUACAACCAAGCUGAGGCUGAUUUGAAGGAAUGGAAGCGGUCGCUCCCCUCACACUUCAAAGUCUUCAAAGUUCAUCCAAAAGAGCCGUCCUAUCGGAGCAUCUUCCAUCUCUAUCUCAACUACUACUACGCAUGGAUAGCCAUGGGUAAAUCCUAUACUGUAACUGUCGUGCGGUACCAUUUGCGUACCCGCCUAGGAGCUACGAGCAGCCUAGAGACGGACAGUGACAAGCCCGACGAAUCUGUGUAUGUUCUCUCUUCGGCCUGCAUCAGGGCAGCAAGGAAGAUGCUGCAUCUGUUUGAGAGCAUCGCCACCACUGGGAACAUGACGAGGUUCUCAUUUACGGACUUCCAGGGCUGCAGCAUUGCUACGAUCGUGACCAUACUAGCGGGUAUUUUGGAAAGGAACUCGGACUAUGAAGCCUCAGUAGGAUUUGGGCUCAGCUGCCUGAAGAAAAUGUCUGCUGGGAUUGUGACAGCCCAGAUUGGUGUGCGGUUCGUUGAGGCACUGCAAAAGAUUGCAGACGAGGCUGUCGCAAAGCUCUACGCAGCUGGCCAGAGCCCCCAACCGCCGCUGUCUGUUGGCACACCUGCAACAGCCGCCGAUUAUAAUCGGUGGGCUCAAUGGCUGUCCCGCGCAAACCAUCAGCCUCGUGGUGACUCUUCAUCACCGCCACCACGGGCCGAAGCGUCAAGUAUGCUGCAGCUAUCUGAGUCGACAUCUCCUUACGAUCCCGUUGUGGAGAGAACCAACACUUGGGUGCCCGCUCAACCUAUACUAACGGAAUCAUCGCUUACUGUAACCGCCUCCACCGAAUUUUCAGAGGCUCCCUUAUUGCAAGGCUUUCAGACAGGAGAAGGGCUCUUCCCGUUGGCAGGGUUUGGCGAUGAGCAAACGUUCCUGAUGGAGCUAACAGGGAUGGAUGUACUGGACUUUAGUCAGUUAUAA